AUGAACGGAACCGCGUAUUCCAACUUCGACAACCAGGAACACGUGCUGAAACUCGGGGAGACCUUUGAAAAACACCCUAAAAGUGCCUUCCACACAGUCCGAUAUGACUUCAAACCUGCUUCUAUUGACACCUCUUGUGAAGGGGAGCUGGAAGUGGGCAAAGGGGAACAAGUCACGAUAACAUUACCCAAUUUAGAGGGCUCCAGUGCUCCGGUCACCGUGUUCAAAGGCUCCAAGCGUCCGUACAUGAAGGAGUGUAUCCUCAUCGUGAACCACGACACCGGAGAAUACAGACUGGAGAAACUUAGCAGCAACAUUGCUGUCAAGAAAACAAGAGCGGAGGGCAGCAGUAAGGUCCAGUCUCGUCUGGAGCAGCAGACCAGUCGUCUCACACAGAUGAGGAACACCAAACCCUCCAGCUCCAAGAGUCCCCCCAUCAAAGAGAAGACCUCCCCCGCCUCCCCCAUGGACGACAUUGAGAGAGAGCUGAUGGCUGAGGCUCAAGGCAUGGACCAGCUCAGCAGCAGUGACUCCUCCAACGCCUCGUCCUCCUCCAGCAGCGACUCCAGCAGCAGUGACUCUGAGGACGAGCAGAAGCCUCCUUCUCCUCCUCCCCCCGCCUCCUCCUCCUCUGCCUCUUCCUCUGCACCCGCGGGACCUCAGGGAGCAGCCGGAGCACAGGGUCCGGCAGGCACACCCUACCACAGCAUGCCCCUCCUGCAGCCGCCCAGGCCCCAGGAGAGCAGCGGGGCCAGCAUCAGCACCCUCAGUGAGUACCAGCAAAUCAACAAACACACUAAUGUACAAUUCAACACUACCAGAACUUUGGGAGACUGA